AUGUUUAAGUUUAUUUGCUUAUUUGCAAUCGUGUUCACGGUUUCGUGUGACAAAUUGGCUGAUGGUACUAAGGCCAUAUCUGCUUUAGAAGGACCCAAACCCAUAUCUCAACUUCGAGAUGUCCAACAUGAACUAGAAACUGCGGCUUGUCACCACCACCACAAGCCUCAAGAGCACCACCACCAUCACCAUCACCACCACGGCAAACAACAAGCUCACCAUCAUCAUCAUCACGGACAUAACCACGGACACCAUCAUGGUCACAAUCAUCAUCAUGGUCAUAAUCAUGGUCAUAAACAUGGACACUGGCAUGAGCACAAGCAUGGUCAUGGACAUAAGCACGAUCACAAGCACGACCAUAAUCAUGGACACGGUCACGACCAUAAACAUGGGCAUAAACACGGACAUGAACACAAACACGGGCAUCAACACGGUCAUUCUCAUGGACAUAAACACAAGCAUGGCCAUCAUCAUGGUCAUCAUCAUGGACAUCAGCACGGUCAUCAUCAUGGCCACAAACACGGGCACCAUCACGGUCAUGGACAUGGACAUGGACAUGAACACAGUGGAUGGCACUCACACUCUCACCACGGCUGGCAUGGACAUCAUCAUGGUCAUCAUGGUCAUCAUGGACACCACGGUCAUCAUGCUCAUGGUUGGUCAGCAACUGAAUUCACUAGCCCAAUCCAUGGUUUCUCAACUGGUAAUGAUCACCAAGGACAUCUCUCAAUGGAUCAUGCUGGUCAAAUGUUCAUGCAAGAAGGUCCAAUGGGCCACAUGUCUUCCAAUGAUCAUAUGGGACCUCCAUCAGAUGCUGGUUCAUUUGAUGGCUUUGCUAUGGUUGAAUCAUCCGAGCCUGGUCCAGGAGCUGGUUAUCAAGUCAUUGGAUCCCCUAAUGAAGCUAAAAUAUCAGCAGCUGAUCAAAUUGGCUUAAGUGAUUUUGAGACAGCUAAGGUUGCCGCUGAAUCUAUCUUUGCUUAA